UCUCAUCUGCACAUGUGUUAGUGAUCCCACGAUCUUCACUACGCCAAGACGUCUUCUCUCUUUCUUACUGCCUUUCGACUUAAGAGAGUCUCAGCACGAUUUCGUCCGUCAGUUGCAUUCGGGAUUUCAAGUUACUCGGGUGGAUCCGCGUUCAUUUGCCUUCCAGUUUGUGAUCUCUGGGCACAGCAUCACAUCCAACAGCUUCCCAGUGGAUUUCGGGAAGGGAAAUUCCCUCACAGCAUCAGCAACGGAAGUGAUCAAGUAUUCAGUCGGAAGGGAGGGAAUGUGAGUCUUGUGUCUCUCAGUCAGGCCCAAAAUACCCAAUGGAGAAGUGAUCGUGAUCGUUGAGUCAUUGUGGAGUGAAAAGACCAAGAAACAUGAAGAAUCUCGUGCUCUGUGCCAUCCUCAUUGUCACUGUGUUGCACGUGGAGGCCAAUAGUGACAAGACGCACUAUCUGCCACCCCUCGAGUGCUACGACCCUUAUCAUAAACCCCAGAGAUGCAUCCCCGAAUUCGAGAAUGCUGCCUUCGACCUUCGAAUAGACGCCACAAAUACCUGUGGUGAGGACAGAGACACAGACUUUUGCGUCCAGACAGGAUAUUCUAACAAGAAGAGUUGCGACACUUGCAGGGCAGGAGAUCACAGUUCCAAAUACUUGACGGACAUCCAUGAUCCCAAUGAACCAACCUGGUGGCAAUCUGAGACCAUGUUCGAGGGUAUACAAUACCCCAAUCAAGUAAACCUGACCCUCAAUUUAGCAAAAUCCUUUGAUAUCACCUACAUUCGCAUUGUCUUCUACUCUCCACGGCCUGAAUCAUUCUCGAUCUUCAAGAGAAUCGUCCCGAAUGGUCCCUGGCUACCUUACCAGCACUACAGUGCUACAUGCCGCGAUACUUACGGCCUGCCCGAUUCACUGAGCGUGAAGAAGGGCGAGGAUGAAUCCAGGGCACUCUGCAUGAGUGAUUACAGUGAUAUCUCACCACUGAGGGACGGAACUGUGGUGUUUUCCUCCCUAGAGGGACGUCCCAGUGCCAUCAACUUCGAGAACAGCAUUGAACUCCAGAAUUGGGUCACUGCCACAGACAUCAGAAUUACGCUGGAUCGUCUCAACACUUUUGGUGAUGAAGUGUUCGGAGACGCGCAAGUGUUGAAGUCCUACUUCUAUGCCAUUGCUGAUAUUGCUGUUGGUGCGAGGUGCAAAUGCAAUGGACACGCCAGCAAGUGUGUCACGAGCACAGGUUUGAAUGGUCAACGAACGCGAGUCUGCGAGUGCAAACACAACACAGAUGGGCCGGACUGUGAGCGCUGCCUUCCUUACUUUAACGACGUGCCAUGGGGCAGAGCCACAUCGAAGAAUGUCCACGAAUGCAGAGAGUGCAACUGCAAUGGAUACUCCCAGAAAUGCUUCUUCGACAGACACCUCUACAACCUCACUGGACAUGGAGGACAUUGCCUAGAUUGCGCCUCGAACCGUGAUGGUCCCAACUGCGAACGCUGCAAGGAGAAUUUCUAUAUGCGAGAGGAUGGUUAUUGCAUCAACUGUGCCUGUGACACAAUGGGAUCUAGAUCUCUUCAAUGCAAUGCUGAAGGAAAAUGCCAGUGCAAGCCUGGAGUGACUGGAGACAAGUGCGACAGAUGUGAUGCAAAUUACUACAACUUCGGACCGCAUGGAUGCCAGCACUGCGGAUGUGAGCCUAAAGGAUCUCUGGACAACACGCCAUCCUGUGAUCCUGUCACUGGAGCCUGUCUCUGCAAAGAGAAUGUCGAAGGAAGGCGAUGCAGGGAGUGCAAACCUGGUUUCUUUAAUCUAGACUUGGACAAUAAGUUCGGAUGCACUCCUUGCUUUUGCUACGGACAAACCAGUGAAUGUCAGAGCGCCAAUGGGUACUCAAUUGUCUCCCUGACGUCCAACUUCAACAAACACCUGGAGAGAUGGAUGGCCGUGGACGACAGAAACACCCUAGUGGAUCUGAAGUACAACAAGUUCAGCCAGAGUGUGGGAAUCACAGCCCAGGGACAUGAAUUCAUUUACUUCUCCGCCCCUGAACGCUUCUUAGGCGAUCAAAGAGCUUCUUACAACCGCUUGCUGAAAUUCCGCCUCCAGACAAUUGGUCAGGCAGGACCAAAUCCCUCUCCCCAUGAUGUGAUCCUCGAAGGUGCAGGAACAAGUAUUUCACUGCCAAUUUUCGCUCAAGGACACUACAUGCCCGACCAGCAAGUUCGCGAAUACGCCUUCCGUCUCCAUGAACACCCAGAAUACUCCUGGCAACCUAGCCAGUCUGCCCGUGGCUUCAUGUCCAUCCUGGCCAAUCUCACUGCCAUUAAGAUCCGCGCCUCUUACGCUGCCAUCGGCGAAGCUUAUCUGGACGAUGUUGAACUACAAACUGCCCAUAGAGGAGCAGCUGGACGUGUCGCCACGUGGAUUGAACAGUGUACUUGUCCCAAAGCGUAUCUCGGGCAAUUCUGUGAAUCUUGCGCCCCUGGAUAUCGCCACUCUCCUGCCCUGGGUGGGCCCUUUAUGCCAUGCAUUCCUUGCGACUGCAACAAACACGCUGAGAUCUGUGACUCAGAAACUGGAAGAUGUAUCUGUCAGCAUAACACAGCCGGAGACACUUGUGAUCAGUGCGCUAAAGGAUACUACGGAAGUGCUCUUGUGGGAACACCAUAUGACUGCAAGAGGUGUCCUUGUCCAGACAAUGGAGCCUGCAUGCAGAUGGCUGAUGACUCAGUGAUCUGCCUAGAGUGCCCAGUUGGAUAUUUCGGUCCUCGCUGCGAGUCCUGCUCUGAUGGCUUCUAUGGAGACCCAACAGGUCUUCACGGACCCGUUCAGUUCUGCCAGCCUUGCGACUGCAAUGGAAAUGUGGACCCCAACGCUGUGGGCAAUUGUAAUCGCACCACUGGCGAAUGCCUAAAGUGUAUCCACAACACAGCCGGGCCACAUUGUGACCAGUGUCUUCCAGGUCACUUUGGAGAUCCUCUUGCCCUGCCGCAUGGAAAUUGCCAGCAGUGCUCUUGCUACCCUCCAGGAACCGAACAGACCGACGAUGGCAUCUCAAUGUGCGAUUCUCUGACUGGAAAUUGUCGCUGCAAGCCCAACGUCGUGGACAGAAAUUGCAAUGAGUGCCAAAAUGGAUAUUUCAACAUCGUGUCUGGAAACGGAUGCGAGAGCUGCAAUUGUGAUCCAAUUGGAAGUUUCACUGCCGGCGUCAAUACCACUUGUGAUCGCUUCACUGGACAGUGUCGCUGCAAGCCCGGCGUCGUUGGGUUGAAGUGCGAUCAGUGCGCUCCAUACCAUUAUGGCUUCUCAGAUGAAGGCUGUUUGCCCUGCGACUGUGAUCAGAGUGGAUCCAAGAGCUUCCAGUGUGAUGAAUCCGGACAGUGUCCUUGCAAUGACAACGUGGAAGGGCGCAGAUGUGAUCGCUGCAAGGAGAACAAGUAUGAUCGCCACCAGGGAUGCUUAGACUGUCCUGCUUGUUAUAACCUGGUUCAGGAUGCAACCAAUGACCACAGAGAGAAGCUUGGAGGACUCAAGAAGUUACUUGACGAAAUCGCUUCGAAACCGACCGUGAUCGAUGAUGAAGAAUUUGGUUACAAACUUAAAGCUGUACAGGAGAAGAUUGAUAUCCUGGCAGAGGACGCAAAGGCUGGAGCUGGAGGUGGAGAGCACACUCUCAGAGAGAGAUUAAAUGAUUUCCACGAUCGUUUGAACGCUAUCAAAUCCGUUCUGGACAAAUCAGAUGGUCUCCUCAACAAAUCCAGAGAUGAAGCCAAAGUCGCAAAUGCCAACUUCAAUGUAACUCAGAAAACCAUCGAAGAUGCUCGAGAUCAACUCAAUGCUGCUCUAGAACUCCUACAAACAGAGGGUGCCAGUGCUUUAGCUCGCGCAAAAGACCGCUCUGACCAAUUUGGGUCGCAAUCAGAACAGAUCAGCGCAAUCUCGAGAGAAGCUCGAGCUCGAGCGGAUGAACUCGAGGCCAAAGCGAAUUUCAACAGGGACGUUGCGAAGGAAGCUAAUGGCAAUGCCACAGAAGCCUACAACUUGGCGAGAGAUUCAAUGGCUCUGCUCCAAAACAUCAGCAAUGAACUAAAGACGAAUGUUAAAGCCGAGGUUUACUUCUCCAAGGACACUGUGGACACAGCGCUGAAUAGGACUGCAGAUAUUCAAAAGGAGGCUGAGGAAGUGUACGAAGAAGCCUUAUCUCUAUUCGCAACAGUGAACUCACAGAAUCCACCUGAGGUCAACAUCGAGAAGAUCAAGGAGAGAGCUAAUAAGAACAGCGCGGAAGCAACAAGGAUCGAGGAGGAACUUAAUGGAAUACGAAUGAUGAAUGAGAAGCUAUUGAAUGAGUUGAACGAAAACAACGACAAGGCUAGAGCUCUAAUUGAAACAGCCGAUGAUCAGAAGUUCCACGCUCUCCAGCUUCUUGAGGAGGCCAAGCAUUCCAAUGUCAUGGCAAAGGAAGCGGUUGCUCAGGGAGACGGAACCCUAAAAGAGGCUAAUCAUACAUACAAUACCCUAGCUGGUUUCCAAUCUGAAGUCGAUACUUCCUCAGCUAAUGCCAGAGCGGCUUUACAGACAGUCUCUGACAUCGAUAAGCAGAUCCGAGAAGCAGAGAAAAUGGUCCAGGAGGCAGAAGCGGCUCUGGUUGGGGCUCAUUCAAAUGCCAUUGAGGCUAGGAAUAAUGCGCAGAAGGCGAAGGAGAAGUACGCCGAACAGGCCUCCAAAGAUGCGGAUGAGAUUCUCAAGAAAGCCAACGACACCAAGUACGAAGCCAGGAAGCUCAGAGGAGAAGCAGAUCAGCUAAAUGGCAGAGUUGUUGUGACGGAUGACAAACUUAGCGAUCUGGAGGAUCUCGCCAAGAAGGACGAUAAUAUCACGAUUGAGGCGAAGAAGAGCGUGGGCCAAGCCAAGACGAAUGCAGAAGACGCACACAAGCAGGUCCAGAGCGCCAUGGACAGAGUAAAAUCGAUCAUGGACGAGCUGAGCAACCUCAAAGACAUCAAUGUGCAGGACUUGGACGCUUUGGAGAAGCGCCUCGAAGACGCAGAGCAUGAUCUGAGAGUGGCAAACUUGGGAAAGAGAAUGGAGAAUUUAAGCGAGUACAAGAACUACCACAACCAGCUGAUCAAAGAGUACCAGUCGCAGGUGAAUCUGCUGGAGACCGAAGUGACUAAUGUUAGAGCCAUUGCUGAGGCACUGCCCGAGGGAUGCUUCAAACGCACCCGCCUCGAGCCAUAGAGUCUUAAGAGCCUGUUCAUUUCUUGGAAUUAGCUAGCAGUCAAUUAACCACUGCCAACGGACAGGCUCCGCUUCUAUUGUAUUAUCGUGCGCCAUAAUUUUGUGUCUCUUAUUAUUGGAUAGAUAAAUUUCUCAUUCUCGAUUAUAUCUUCUACCAAAGAAAUUCCCUUUUAGCGAGAGACAGUGAGAGAAAAUGAAAACAAUAUAAUGAUUUUGUAAUAACAUUCACUUAAAUACAGUUUACCUUUACGAUUUCAUAAACGGCGAAUAA